AUUACUAUCGGUAGCUUUUCGAAUGUUUGUCAGACAUGAACCUUGCAUUGGUAAGCCUUUAUAAACAGAUGCGAUGAUAUAACCUAUUCAUUUGGUUCUGUGAAGCUACACGAAAGACGGCUGUUUUUGCCUAUGCUCUGGAACUUCGAGGAACUACUUUUAAUAAGAGAAAGCCGACCUGCUACGAAGAUCCAGUCGGGUAAGCUUAAUCUUGCAGUUGCUUAAUUAAAAUUGGUUGGUUCCAUAGUCACGCAUAUUCUAGUCGUCAAAACUAGUGCACACAUUUCAUAUUUCAAGGCUAAUGGUAAAAUAAGGCACUAUACUGAGAUGUAAACAUUUAAUCACGUCCAUGACAUUUGCAACCUCUGUCUACUAAAGAAACAUCCCAAUUCAGUCGCGUGUUAAUGACGUACAAUUAAGAAGUGUUGCACAAGUAAAUAAAAGUUUCAUUAAACAUUAUGGGUCGGUUGUUUAAGCGAUGUCUAACUUAGGCCGCGGCUUAGCAAAUCUUUGGACAGAUCUCUUCCAUAGUGGGUUAUUUUAAGAAAAUAAGUGUUUCUUCAGGCAAGGCAUGAUGCUUUCAUGCAACUUUUAAUGAUAAACAGUGUUAAGAUAAAAGCGUUGAAAAAACUGAAUGAAUUGCUUAGAACCCAGUUUUAUUAAGCACUGCCUAAACUCCGUUUAAAUAACUGGCCUUAUUUGUCAGUUACACUAUUAUGAAUUAAUAAAGUUCGUAACAAUUUCUACAUUUCCACUUUUUCUUGUUAAUGCCUCGUUUAUUUCAAACCCAUUAAAGUACUGCCUCAUGAACAGGAUAUUCAGUGAUGCGUACUGUGUACGUAGGUUCUGUCUUGUUGAAUCACUAAAGCGUAUGUGUGUCCCUUAAAAAUGAAAUAGCUUAUAACUUUGCUUUAGCAAAGAAACGAAUAUAAAGGACAAAUCUCCUAUUUGACUGAUCUGUCAAAGGACAAAGUUGACUCUUCGCGAAAAAAAAAGGACAACCCGGAGGCAAUCAGCAGAAAAUUACCUUGCAUCUGUCCAAAUGUGUUGUGACGUCAUCACAGUUGCUGUCUACCACCAAAUAUUAUUUUACUAGUUCAUAAUAUUGCUUUACUGCAUACCCUUCUGUUCUCUGCAUUUCUAAGAAAAGUAGUUAUAGAGCUGUCUUCUUCGAGUAUCACGCCAAGAGUUUUAAGAUCUAAAUAACCUAUACGGCACGAUCUUGACUAUUUUUGGGAGUUAAAUCAGUGUGUAUGAUAAGUCAAGCACAAACCCACAUUCAUUUAAUUCUUCUUUUACUAAUGUCCCUCGACGUAAAAGAAUAAUUCAAAUACUUUCGGAGUUAAAAUUAAAAGAGCUCUUCAGCGAUCCCGCGGAAUUGUUAGUUGUACCCAAAAUGAAGAGUGGGAUAGAUGUCGACUGAGACGAAUGAACAGAAUAAAAAUAACAUUCGCUUUCAACUGUCACGAUCUCGAAAAUUUAAUCAAAACGACUGGAUUCCUAAAACCAAGAAUUUCAGAUACCAAAGAAUAUAAACGUCUCAGGCGUAUGCGUUCUAAGAUGUGCUCUCGACGUGCUGGACUAAAAUUUUUCGAAACACAACGAAAGCUACCCGAAGGUAACCAGCUAAGGUUCUCUAAAAUCCGUUAACUACGAAGCCAAGGGUUCAGUUGGCAAGGGGCAAAUCCCGUACCUGAACAUAGUCUUUAAUGUGAUUUUUCCUGUUUUUCUUACAUUGCUAGGGGGCCGUUUUCUCUCAUGCUAAUGGCUACACUAGUGGCUUUGGUAAAGUGCUACAGUAAUACUGCCUUGAUAGGGAGAGUCUGGUUACUAACUUCUGUCUAGUAUAAAUUUAAUUUUGUUGCCGGAUGUAUUAGUCAAUAUUGAAAAUUCAGCUCAGUUCUCCAACCGGAUCUCGACGGUUACUUUUACUGUUAACUGCAAAAAAAAAAACAACAACAACAACAACAAUUUUCCCAGUUGAUCGCAACGUAAAAUCGAAAACCUUCGAGUGUUCCGUUUAAUGUAAAGUUGCUUUCCCGAAUCUCACACCCAUAGCUAAACGCCUGAAUCGUUUUUUAACAAAAAUGUUUUGAAAUUGAAAAAGGUAGGAAAAAAGGCUGGAAAAGGUAUUCAGUCCAUCACGCUAAGAUUUCUUUGUUGCUGAUGAGUUUGCAGAAGUAGUAACCGGGUAGCCCGCCGGGAGUGGUAGUGACAAGGGUAGUGUAAUUGGAGUAGUGAUAUUGGAAGCAGCUUGUGCUAGUAGUAUUGUCAUCAUUGCUAAUACUGAUUGUAACUAUGAUUAUUGUUGAAAACAGCUUAACGGAUUGAAACAUAAAAGCGGUGCACCCAAACUGGAUCACCAGGAAUAAGCAUCGUAGCUAAAAAAUAAAGACUAACAUCAACAUGGCCUCCGUUCCUUUGCAUCAUCAGUGAAAUGGAAGACAAUCGUGGAUUUAAUGGUAAUGUUAGCACUUUGAACUUAGCUUACACAACAACAAAAAAAAACACUAGUGAUUUGCAAUAAGGUUUAGUAGCACUCGAGCUAAACGCUGGGUAAACCGGGCUCGCCUCCUGGCUUGGCCAAACUUGUUUCUAGUAUGAGGUUACUGACUGGUAUCAUUGAAAUAUCAGCCUUAGUUGUCAUAACAGACGCAGCUCCCCGCGGAGGGAGGGGAAGCACUAUCACAUAGGGCUAUACAGGGUGGGAUUUUCAUGCAAGGCUACAAGGCUGAGAUAGUGUAAGGAGGCUGGUGCCGAAUGUAAAAAAAAAGGCAGAGACACAGUUUUCUGGGUGUCUGUGCUCCCCCGCCCUACCCUCCACAAAAAUUGCACCCUCUUGGACAGCCAGUCGAAAGCGGUAAGGAAAAAUCAGAUUUGUACGAAAAAUGCAAUGACAAAUCAACAAAAUGCAUUAGUUAUGAGCCUAUGUCAAGAUGCCUUGAUGAGAAAGUAUUAUAGGUCUUACUUUUUUUUCCAGACGCCAUUCAGACAGGCGGACCAGGCACCUCCCUACAGGAGAACAAUCUGCCUGUACCUCCAGCGAGAAGCGCGAUGGCAAAUUUGUAUCCAAGCUCACAGCAACCCGGACAUCAGACAAAUCCCGUUGUAAAUGUAAUUAAAUACUUAAUAUAACUGAUUAACACUUACAAAUGAAAAUCGAAUAUGAACAGUUCUACUAUUUUGGGCCGCUUUUAUCAUGGCUGUCCAAGGCACAAACCAAGAAGCAAGAAUGAAUUCCAAAACUGACCAACUGAGUCAUUUACAAUUAUGCAGUUUCUUUAGCAGAUAGAUGAUAACAUGUCUACCGAGUUCAAAGAGUACUGAUCAGUUUUAGCGUUUUGUCCACCGUAUCACAAGAUCAUCCAAGACAAAAAAAAUACAGUUUAGUUCACAAAGAUGAUCCAGUCGAAGAUCGAAGUUGAAACUGUCAUCCCGUAUGAUCACUUUACUUAUACUUUCUCGUCUGAAUUUGUGAUACUUUUAUUUAAGAAAGAACAAGGGUUAUUACAACUACAAAACUCACAUUAAUGGAAAAAGCAAUAGCUACCGACUCUAAUGGGGGAGCCCAUAACCCUUCAUCUCAAAGUCCACUGUAUUCACUCAAUGAACACUCCACGUUUUCCGCCAUUACUGAGAACUUUUUGAGACAGACGCAAUUACUGUACUGCCGCGUAGCUGCGGGUGACGUAAUACAAUAACUUUGCUCUGAUUGGACGGCAUAAAGCGUUUGCGUUAGUUUGAGGUUCUAUUAAAUUAAAAAAGACGCGAGCAAACGUUCUACACAUUUUUAAUAAGUUACAUUUUUUUUCUCCAGAGCAUGGAUCUUGAUCAAGAUUUGCCUCCUAAUCAUCUUAUGCUGGCUCUGUUGAGUAUCAUAUUUUGCACCUGUCCCUGUGGGCUGGUAUCAUUAUACUAUGCAGUGCGGGUAAAAAGUUAUAUCUCUUUUACUAUACCGUAUAAUUUUUGGUUUUUUUUUCCUGAGCACAACGUCAAUAACACUGAUUUAAAUAUUUUGGAUAGGGGAAUUUCCGCCAUCUGCCCAGCAGACUAAACAUUCCUUUUUAUCCUGAAUUUGCCGAGUAAUAGGAAAAUGAAGACGGCAACUUAUUAACUUUGAACUACGUAAGCAUGAAUUAAUUAUAAACGUAAGAAUUUUUUUGAAUAAUAACCGGCUUUCAUCAGCCUGCGGACACAGGCGUAUUUCUGGUCGUCGCUUCUCUUUCGGGUGGAGAGAAAUACAUCUGUCUGCAGGCUAGGCUCAGAAUCAGAAUCAGAAUCAUGCAUAUCUCAGAGGGUAUUAUAUCCGCCGAGACCAAACACCUCAAUGCUUUCCUCGAACUGCAAAAUUAUCGUAAUUCUUCAGAUCAUACGUACUCAGCCUCAUUGCUAUAAAUGUGCCUAUGCUUAGCACCCAGUACCUGGUGUUUGGGAGGUCUCAGGUUCGAAUCCGGCUGUCGGAGACUCAUCGAAAGGGGUUAAGUCACCAGUAUAUUGCUGCUGCUCAAUGUCAAUUCUGUACUGACUAGUCAUUACUUAGCGCUGCCUCAUUCAUACACAAAAUGCUCCUGUUUAGUCAGUCACAAAGGUAUAAGACUAACCACAAUAAUUUUUUGGCGAUUUCUGUUUAACCAAGCCGGAGAGAAUCAUUCUUUCUUGGGUUAGCAUAGCGUUAAAACUAGAAAUAGCCCAACGUUUAAAUCCAUGUCCAUCUUCGUCAGCCGACAAGAUUUAGAGUUCAAAGCACGUAUUAUAGCUUGGUUAAAAGAUAGCAAAUGUCAUUAUAGAGCCCCUUUAACAUCCUUAUCCAUUUUUCCUUUCAGGUGAACUCUGACUUUGAACGGGGAAAUACAGCUGGUGCUCAAUACAAUUCCAACCAAGCAUGGAAAUGGGGAAUGGCGUCAAUCAGUAUCGGCUGUUUGACCAUCCUUGUGGUUAUGGUUUACUACUUGAUAGAGGUGGCUCUGCAUGCAACUUUAUAAUCCUACCCUUCGAAUUUUUGGAGGUCAAGAAACUUGGUCGCAUUCAGUGGUUGAAAAAGGUGGAAUUCGCUGGUCGUUUUGGAUCAACAUUUAAUAAUAAAAUCAGAAUAACAGAACGUUUCUAUAUCAUCUUGCUAAUGUUUUUUUGAAGAAAUACCCAUAUAAGUUAUAUUUAUUUUUUAACUUAAAAAAUUUAAAUUAUAUCAAGAUGACAUCUGUCAUUUACAGCUUGUUAUCGAUUUUUAUCAUUAUUGCCCGAGUUUUGCAGAAUCAUUUCUUUCAAUAUUUUACUAAGACUCAUUGAUGAAACGUUCUCUUUGAAAAUAUACUUAUUUGUUCCACGAUUAGCUGGAGACUAUUUGGAUGAAAUUUCCCGGCUCCAGAAUUUUCAACAGAUGGAGUCAGGAAGAACACACUUGAAUAACUGAGGCAACGCGUAAAUAAGAUAGCUUAUGCUAACGUAGGGUAGCUUAGUUAUGAGGCUAACGAAAGACUUCAACUUAAAACGAACAUUGAGUUGACAUGUUGACAGGGUAUGUGAUAAGACAGUCUGUGUACCCUGUACAGCCACCCCCAGAGGCUGUUGUACAAAGGCUUAAAAGAUAUAUUUUAUUGGAUUUAACCCUUUAAACCCUAAGAUCAGACUUUGAAUUCUCAUUUGUUGCCCGUAUUCAUUCCCAC